ACGCCGCAACUAUCUGUAGAAGCUUAGACUUAGAAAUGAUGAUGCAAGAACUUGACUUGGAUAUAUAUACUUAUUUCAAAAUAUAACACAUUUUCUGUUGUUAAUUGAACAGACUUGUUUGCAGCCAUACAGAAAACUGAGAUUCUUAAGUCUGUCUCUGACCGUUAAUUGUAACCCAAGUGCAAUUUAGGCACAUGUUGGUGGUUCAUACAGACUCCACGUACCACAGGAAUACAUACAGCGCUGUCACUUUUUUGUCUCGGAAAAGGGUGUUAACAUUUUAAUCGGGAAGAAUUGUCGGCAUCGCUGUACUCUGAAAAAGCGUUUCUGUACAUUCCUUUAUAUAAAUUGCUGGAUUUACCAUGACUGGGAAAUCGGUGAAGGACGUGGACCGGUAUCAGACGGUUCUUACCACUCUUCUUAUGGAAGAGGAGAAUAAAUAUUGUGCUGAUUGUGAGGCUAAAGGACCACGAUGGGCAUCUUGGAACAUUGGGGUGUUCGUCUGCAUUCGUUGUGCAGGAAUUCACAGAAAUCUGGGAGUUCAUAUAUCCAGAGUGAAGUCUGUCAAUCUUGAUCAGUGGACAGAAGACCAAAUACAGUGUAUACAAGAGAUGGGAAAUGCAAAGGCAAAGCGUCUUUAUGAAGCUUAUCUUCCAGAGAACUUUCGACGUCCACAGACAGACCAAGCUCUGGAGACUUUCAUCCGAGAAAAAUAUGACAAGAAAAAAUACAUGAACCGAAGUAUUGAUAUCAAUGCAUUUCGGAAGGAAAAAGACAGUAAAUGGAAGAAAGUUGAUGAACCAGUUAAAGAAAAGAAUGUCACACCAAUUGUUUUUGAGAAAGUAAAAAUGCCUCAAAAAAGAGAAGAAGUUCAGCAGCUCAAGAUAAGUCCCUCCAAGCCAACAGAACCUGUAAUUGACUUGCUUGGCCUCGAUGCACCUGUAGCAAAUCCAAUACCUAACGGCAAGUCUAGCAGUAGCCUAGAAAGUGAUUUAGAUCUAUUUGGGCCCAUGGUAUCAAACCCUCUCCCAGAAUCCAGCACAAUGAGCAGCAUCUCUUCAACAGGAGGGAGCACUGGCUCUGUAUCUGACAACCUGAACCUUUUUGCUGAUCCUGGAAGUAAAUCAGAGGAAACAGGAAAGAAGCUGUCAAAGGAUACUAUUUUAUCCUUGUACGGAUCACAGCCGACACAUUUACCUGCUCAGGGAACAAUGUUCAUGCCUCCACCCCAGCUGGCAUACCCAGCUGCGUAUACUGGCUAUCCUGCUGUUGCCCCAGCAGGUGGUAUGAUGGGAGGAAUGGUAGCACCUUCAGUGGGUGUGAUGACUCAACCGGCAGCUCCUGGGAUGAUUGGAUCAGUGCAGAUCCCAGCAGGUUACAUGGGUGGCAUGCAAACAGCGAUGAUGGGAGUUCCCAAUGGACUGAUGACACCUCAAGGCAGUUUUGUAACAGGUGUUGCAUCUGUUCCACAGCCUGUGUAUGGUGUACAGCAGGCAUGGAAUAUUAAUCAGAUGACUCAGCAAAUGACAGGAAUGAAUUUCUAUGGAAGCACUGGAAUGAUGGGAUAUGGACAGCCAAUAGGAGGUGGAGCCACUUCUGGAACCACUCAAUCCCUCAGCAGUGAAAUAUGGAAAUGAAAAUGGGAAUAGAAAAGGUUUACUUCAUACCUGUUCCAUAAGACGUUUGGGCUGUUUCAGCCUAACCAUGCUUUCAUUAAUGCAGUCCACCGUUGGCCUUUUCCAGUUAUUAUAACAGAGAAACCUCAGCAACUAGGACAUUUGCUUUGGAUUAAACUGAAGCAUUCUUCACCAUCUUCAACAUAAUGAAAAAGCAAAUAAGGUUCUAUCAAUGCAAUUUUCAAGAUAGUUUGUUGAAUUAUUAAUUAAUGGAGAUUUUGUUUAUGCCUCUGAAAUCACAUAACUGAUUCUGUAAAAGAUCCAUCCAAACAGUACAAAGAAAGGUGUAUACUUGAUAUGGGGUUUUGGCCCAGUGUAAGAUGUUUGUGUGACAUUAUGCUCUUAAACAGUGUUGUUAGAUUAUAGUUUUGCCAAGUAUUGUUUUCCUUCAGUUUACUCUGCUAAUUGAGGUUCCACUGUGACAACUGGAUUGUUUUUUCUCUGCCAAAGUCUUGUCAGCACUCUAGGUAAAAUGAGGGUCCUCAAAUUGCGGGUCAGGAACCAUGUAUUGAAUGUAAAGUUUGCACUUCUUAAAGUGUCUUAUUGUAUUGCUUCUUUUUUUUUUUUUUUUUUUUUUACAGUUUACCUCUAAAUUACAUGUGUUACGUUUAGUACAGACUUCCCUGUGUUUUUAAACUACUUCAUUUAAGUAAAAAUGUAUAUAUUUAUAUAGUCUUUUAUUUCUGGCUGAUUCUAAAUUGACAGUUACAAUUUCAGGAGUGUAGGGUUCACUUGAAGGUGUAUAUAGCUAGGUUGACAAUUGCGGGUAAUAAAAUCUUUUAGGAAAUGAAGCAAGAUAAGCACAAUGCUCCUGAGGUUUUUACUGACUAUGUAUGAAUUUUUACGUGGUAAGCUCAAAACUUUAUUUUUUUUUUUUUUUUUUUUUGAUAACACAUUGUCCAUCUUUCUCUGUUUUUUUUUUUAUUAUUUUAAAUUCAAACAAGGUGACUCCUGCUUUAAAAAUAUAUGCUCUGGCACCAUCUCUUAGCCAGUCAAAAAUGAGCAUUCCAUUGUACUACGAACUAAUUCCUGUAAUAAAUUAGUGUCUUGUUGGCUUCUAACAAAACCUAUGGUGACAGGCAGAAUCAUUUGUCAUUCGGCAUGUUAACUGUAGAUGUCUUCUGUGUUUGACAGAGUUUAGAAAUAUAAUGAAAUUUUCCAUUGCUCUCAUAUAUUGUAUAUAAGAUUCUUUAAUAAAGAUGUGAACAUAUUUCUCAUUAA